AUGCUGGAUAUCCAGACCUUGGAACCUACUUUUUUCAUCGCUGUACCUCGUAUUCUUUCAAGAAUCUACGACAAAAUCAACCAAGGUGUCAAGGCCGGAGGUCCCGAAAAAGAAGCUGCUUUCAAGGGCGCUUACGACAUGCGUCUCGCGGCCCUGGAACGUGGAGAAGACACACCUAUGCUCAAUAAAAAGGUGUUCAAUAGAAUGGGUAUGGCACUAGGUGGACGUGUAAAGUGGAUUCUAACGGGCUCAGCACCCCUCGGUACGGCUAUACAUGAGUUUCUUCGAGUGUGUGUGUGCCCAGUUAUUAUGGUUGGUUACGGUCUGACUGAGACGACAGCAGGUGCUACUAUAACCCACUACAACGACAUGAAACUGGGUCAUGUGGAAUCACCAAUGGCCUCCAAUGAAGUCAAGCUGGUGAGCAUUCCGGAAAUGAACUACCUGACAACUGAUGAGUGCCCUCGUGGUGAGUUGUGUGUGAGAGGUACCAAUGUAUUUGGUUCUUACUUGAAGAAUCCCGAGAAGGCAAAAGAAGGCAUCGACGAGGAUGGAUGGUUCCGCACUGGUGAUGUAGGCCGUUGGAAUCCAUAUGGCACCUUAUCUAUUAUCGAUCGACAGAAGUCCAUAUUCAAACUGUCUCAAUGCGAAUAUCUGGCCGCGGAGAACCUCGAAGCCAUAUAUGGCAAGUGUGACCAUAUUGCGCAGGUGUUUGUUACUGGAGACUCAUUCCAUGCUUACCCUGUAGCCGUAUUGGUACCCGAUGCCGAGAUGAUUGUUGCUUGGGCGAAGGAGAACAACAUCUCCGGCGAUGCUAAGAGUAUCGCUGAGAUACCCGAGUUGAUGGCUAUGCUGGCGUCAGAGGUGCUGGACAUGCACAAGGAGUGCAAGCUCAAAGGAUUCGAGAAGCUCGAAGGCUCCAUUGUAGAGCCAGAGGCUUUCAGUAUCGACAAGGAACUGCUCACACCCACCUUCAAACUGAAGCGAGUAAACGCAACCACAAAGUACAAGGAUCAGAUCACAGAGCUAUAUGACACCAUUGAGAACCGCAAGUAG